AUGAUGUGGCCUUUCUUUGCAACCGACGAGGAGAAAUCGCUGGUUUCCGAUAUCCUGGCCUUUGCGGAUUGCGAGUCAACUGGUGUCCUUGACUCCGAGGCUGGGGUGGGCGUCUUCAUGCGAAGCGGACUAUCACACACGCAACUGCGGGACAUUUGGGCCAUUGCGGACGAACAAAGUAAAGGCAGCUUGACCAAGAAGGAGACUGCGAUCGCGAUUCGAUUGAUGGGUUGGGCGCAAGCUGGGGAAGAACCGUCGCUGAAUUUGCUGCAAAAACCGGGGCCUAUACCUACCCUUGAGGACAUAUCCGACGUUCCUAGAACGAGGAAGAACGGUGUUGCCUAUCCGCCACCUCAAUUUCCACCAGUUUCGGACCAGGAAGUGCGAGGUUUCCACCGUUUGUUUCUAGCUGCUGAACCUGUUUCUGGUAUUCUUGCUGGUGACAAAGUACGGGAGAUAUUCAUGAAGUCCGACCUCGCCUAUGAGGACCUUGCCGCAAUCUGGAAUAUCGCUGACUCAACAGUCCGUGGAGCCCUAGAUUUCCAGGAAUUUGCACUAGGAAUGUACCUUAUCGAAUCAUUGAAAGAAUGUCGACUGUCUUCGGUCCCCUCCUCGAUUCCCCCUCAUAUAACGGAACAAUUGGCGAAUGUUAGUCUCGUGGAACCAAAGUUUCGUUCGCCACUUGUUUCUUCCGAUGGCCGUAUGAGUAGCCCCUUCUACAAUCCAUCUCUGAGGCCCAGUCCAAGGACUCCUUCUAAGUUCAGCCCAACUCUUCCGCCGACUAAAGACAAUGGUCGAACUGUGACAUGGGAUGUGUCGCAGUCCGAAAAGCUCGAGUCUGACAAACACUUUAUGAUAUUGGACUCCGACGGAACAGGUUUUGUGGAGGAAGACGAUGCUGUGAAAUUUUUGAUGCGGUACAAACUUUCUUUCUCAGUCUUAGUCCAAAUACUGUCUCUCGCUGACAUACGUAAUGAUAACAAGCUAACAUGCGACGAGUUUGCCGUAGUGAUGCAUCUCAUUAAGAAAAAGUUAGCAGGGAAUGAACUUCCUGAAGAACUACCCCCUUCUCUUAUACCACCAAUGAUGCGCCCCUUAUCUCUCCCGAAAACCCCGCAACCCUCACAACUCCCGACUAUGACACUUAAAGGAAAAGAGACCACCCCACCGGAGCCUGCAUAUGGUGCCAAACAUCGACUGUCACGUUCUUCAACGGGAGCACCACCUCGAGAACUCCCCACCGUGUCUAAUCGCUCAAGACAGACAUCUAUAGCAUCCAUACCCCUCACUUUUCUGACCAAUUCACCGAAAGUCCGUCCGCCGAUAGCGGUGAAGCCACCCAACCUUAGUGUUUCAACAUCACCACCUCCUACAUCACCACCUCCUACAUCGCCUCCCAUCACAUCGCCCUUCAUCGCAUCACCGCCGAUCGCUAUCAAUGAGCCUUUGGAAGAGCUGCGCACGGAGACGAAGCAGCUCAGGCUGCAAGUGGAAACCCUGUUGAAGCAGCUAGCGUCGCAAACGGACCGCCGUGAAGAUAACGGACGUCUUGUGUUAGAAAACAGCUCGCUGCAAUCUCAAACUCUUGAGCUCAGGCUGCAAGUGGAAACCCUGUCAAAGCGGCUAGCAUCGCAAGCGGACCACCGUGAAGAUAACGAACGUCUUGUGCAAGAAAACAGCUUACUCGAAUCUCAAAUGCGUGAAGUGGAAUCCAACAUGUCACAAGUGUUGAUGGCGAGUGAACAGGGAUUAGUGUCGGAAGAGAUAUCAGAGGAGAUGCAGCGCCUUUCCUCCCGAGUUAACGAGCUUGAACACACCGAACUCAAGCUUAGCCAAACGACGCAGAUGCUGACGGAGCUAAGACAAGCCAACCUGUCUCUCAUAGCGCAGCUACGCGACUCCCAGGCAGCAGAACAGUCAGUCAAGGACAAUAUCAUGGAUCUGCAGAAGACGCUGGCGUCGAAGGAACAGGAUAAUGCUGAUCUACAGGCCCGUAUUUCAGACAUGGGUGAGGCAAUGUCCGGGUCCUCUAGUCCUGGUACGAGUUCUCGCGAACUCCAGGUGUUGCUGAGAGACGUCACCCGCGAGAACGAGCGCCUAAAGGAGAGGGUUCGGGAGAUGGAGCGUUCGAUGGAGCAACUCUUGCUAUCGAGCAGAAACCACGCUCGACAUGAUGAGAUGACGAGGGAAAACCGUCGUCUUCGUGAACAGGUGCAAGAUUUGGAGAUGGUCACUGCGCAAAUGCAAGCAUCAACAGACCAAACGCAGCUGCAACGGGUAAUAGACGGCAUGACGCGGGAAAACGAUGAACUCAAGACACGUAUGAUGGAAAUGCAGAGUUCGUACUCUCAGCAUCGGACGGCGAUUGAGCACCGCUUGGCUCAAUCACAACGGCAGCUUGAGCAACUUACUCAAGAGAACGAGCAACUGAAGUCCGCUGCGCAAGCGACGGCUGCGUCGAGAGCCCGCAGCCCUGAGCAAGAAGAUAACAGUGUUCCUCCACCCGCUUAUGACGACACUUAUGUUGAACCAUAG